UGUUAUCAUUGGUGUAGACUAUGUAAUUAUGCGGAACUUAUUUUGAAUUGUGUUCGUUAAUUAGUGCUAUAAUUUAACAUUACAGUUGAAGAAACUGCAAAGAAUAUAUUCUUAUCGUAUCCGUGUAUAUCAUGUGCAAUCGACUGUUUUUAUCGUGGGAUCCGCGUCGGCUGAUAUAGAGCUGUGCUAGCUAAAUAUCGACUUUGUUUUUAAUCACACGUUUGUGACAUUCACGAAUUUAAUAUUUAAUAAUGUUUUGCAUACAUACUUGCAAGAAAGAUAAUGUUUUGCGUACUUGCUGCGUAUGCUCAGUGCAACUUUGUGAGAAUAAAGAGCAACGUAGAUUCGAGUAUAAGUGCAUUCAGUAGACUUGCAAGUGGUCAUACAUUCAUAUUUAUCGUAAGUAAUUUGGAUUCAGAGCAACUAGAAAAAUAGAUAUUGAUAAAACAAAACGGGCACCAUUUAAAAUUAUCAAUUUAUGAAUAAUGCACGUGCAAACGUUUUAGUAAAUAAAACUUACAGAAUAAAUUUAAAAACAAUCUCUACACACAAAUAUCUUGCACAAGAAAACAUAUCUAAGAAGAUCGAAAUAAAAUACAGAAAGUGCAAAUCAUAAAACAAGGUAUGUGAAUAUGCAUAAAUUGACGAGACGUAAUGAAGAAGAGAGAUAGACAUUAACUUUAAAUUAAAUUAUGGAAGAAGAUAGUCGUUGCAAGAAUGUUUCCGAUUUGGUUGAGAAUUUAAUGAAUGCCAAUAAAAUCUCGAAUUUCUUAGGAAACACAAAUAAAGAAAACGCCGUUGAUGAAAAAAAUAGUAAACAGAAAGUGAUCAAAAUAAAAUCAAAUUCGCCACAUCAGGAUUUAUUCUGGAUGCUUCGAAUGUCGAUAAUCUUUUUCAAGCUCAUCGGUCUCGCCACAUUUGCCCACUGUAUCGUGACGCAAAAAAAGAGAACGUUAUACACAUUUCAAUACUCUGGAUUUGGAAUCGUCUACAAUAUCGUGCUGAGUAGUUUAAUAAUCGCCUCGAAUUACGUGUCGAUACCGUUCACAAUCGAUAUGGAGUAUGAGAACAAGACGAACUUGACCGUAUACAUCGAGGUUGUGCAAACUGUACUUGGUAGCCUGGUGAUCUGCGCAAUUUUGUUUAACUACUGCAUCGACCAAAAGUCCUUGGUGCGGAUCGCCGAUCGACUGAUGAACGUCGAGGACGAGAUGGAUCGUCUGUACGAUCUGUAUCGUCCGCUGCGACGACAGCGUAUCUUCUUCACUAUGAUAAGCGCAUGUGUCUUGAAGGUUUUCCUGCUGAUCCUUCUCCUUGCCACCGAGAUCCUAGCCUUUCACACGAGCCCGAUCUCCUGGCUGACGGACAUUAUACCGACAUUUCACGUGGGUUGGUUAUUCAUGCAGUACUUUCUGUUGGUCACGAUCAUCCAGGCGGAUUUCGCCGAUGUGAACCAGGCGAUACGGAGCCUCACCAGGGUCAGCACGCCUGAUCUACGGCCGCAGUCUCUCUACCAAACGCGUCGCGUCGUAGUCAGCAAUUCCACCGUUCAUCAGCUGCUGCAACUGCGGGAUAUGCAUUGCCACCUCUGCGAGAUCUCCGAGAAUGUAUCGGAUUUUUAUUCCUUACCAGUACUGUUCGGCAUCACUUUUUUCUUUUUGGCACUCAUAUAUAACAGUUAUUAUCUUCUCUCGUCUUUAUUGAUCGACGGUAUUUUAAAGUACGAGACUCUCAGUAACACUAUUGUCUGGUUAAUAUUUCUAUUUUAUCCCAUUUUUCUCCUCGCCAACAGAAUUACCAAGACUUUAAACGAGAUGGAAAAAACGGGCAAUAUAGUGCACGAUCUUUUAAGAUGCGCAAUCGGCAAAGAGACAAAGCAAGAGGUAAGAAACAAAUUCAAUUCAAUCUUCAUGGAUGCCAAUAAAAUUUCCAAUUUCUUGAGAAAUCUAAAUAAAAAAAAUGUCACUGCGGAAAAAAAUAGUAAACAGAAAAUGACCAAAAUAAAAUCAGGAUCGCAUCAAAGUUCUUUAUGGUUGUUUAAAAUCUUGAUAAUGUUUUUCAAGUUCAUCGGUCUCGCCACCUUCGCCUAUCGUAUCGACACGCAAAAAAAGAGAACGUCAUACACAUUUCAAUACUCCGAAUUUGGAAUCGUCUGCAAUGUCGUGCUGAGUAUCUUAAUGAUUGCCUCGAACUGUCUGUCGAUACCAUUCAAGAUAAACGUGGAAUAUGAGAACAAGUCGAACCUGACCGUAAUUAUCGAGGUUGUGCAAACUGUACUUGGUAGCCUGGUGAUUUGCGUAAUUUUAUUUAGAUACUGUAUCGAUCAAAAAUCCUUGGUGCGGAUCGCCAAUCGAUUAAUGGAUGUCGAACAUGAAAUAGAUCGUCUGUAUCAUUUGUAUCCUCCGCUACGACGGCAGCGUAUCUUUUGCACUAUGAUCAGCGUCUGCGUCUUGAAGAUUUUUCUGCUGAUUUUUCUCCUAAUCAGCGAGGUUUUCGCCUUCAACACGGGCCCGGUCUCCUGGCUGGGAGACGUUCUGCCGACGUUUCACGUGGGCUGGCUAUUGAUACAGUACAACCUAUUGAUUACCGUCAUCCAGGCGAAUUUCGCCGAUGUAAAUCGGGCGAUACACAACCUUAUCAGGGUCAACACGCCUGAUCUACGGCCGCAGUGUCUCUAUCAAACACGUCGCGUUGUAAUCAGCAAUUCUACCGUUCAUCAGCUGCUGCAACUGCGAGAUAUGCACUGUCACCUCUGCGAAAUCUCCGAGAAUGUAUCGGAUUUUUAUUCCUUACCAGUACUGUUUGGCAUGACUUUUCUCUUUCUGACACUCAUAUAUAACGGUUACUAUCUUUUCUCACCUCUAUUGAUGACCGAUAAUAUCUUAGAAUACGAGACUUUCAGUAAUACUAUCAUCUGGUUACUAUUUCUGAUGUAUCCCAUUUCUCUUCUCACCAACAGAAUUACCAAGAUUUUAAUUGAGAUAAGGAAAACAGGGAAUGUGGUGAACAAUCUUUUAAGUUGUGCGAUUGGUAAAGAGACAAAGUCAGAGCUUAAGCAAUUUUCGCUUCAAUUGCUACAUCAGAAGAUACAGUUCACAGCUAACGGAUACUUUGCGCUUGAUAACAGUUUUCUUCAUUCGCUGGUCGGCACGGUGGUAACAUAUUUGGUAAUACUUGUGCAAUUUCAAAUGGGAAAUUCGUUUUCAACGAGAUCAUAUUAUAACUGUACAAGAGAAGAUUCAAAAGGAGAAUAAUAAAUUGAAGAUAAGAGUAGACAUAAUUAUACGUAUUUCGAAGUUGCUAAAAUUUGGAUUUAAAAUUCAAUUAAAAAUCUAAUAUAAUUCAAUGCAAAUCCAAUUAAAAAUUCAAUUAAAUUCAAUGCAUUGAAUCAAGAGUUGCAGCUCUGUAACUUCCUAUUGUAACUUCUCAAUAUAUGAUAUAUACGAUUAGUUCUAAUUUGAAGAACUAAAAGAUAAAAAUUUGUGAAUUAUUUGUAUUAUAUGUUGUACAUAAAUUAAUCUUGUUAAUUAAUUUGUUUAAUAUGUAUUAAUUAAAGUUAAACGACGCUCACUAUGGAGCACAAGGAAUGAAAUUCUAGUACAGAUUUCUAAACUUUCUUCUUUAAUAUCAUCCAUCGUUCGUCAUUUAUCUCAUAAAAAAAUCUUAAUGAUUAAUAUUCUUUAUUACAAAUAAUGGAAAUAUUUCCGGUAAACUUUGUAAUCAAAUAACAAAAUUAAACACUAUAAUUAAUUCGCACAGAUACAAAAGAUAUAAAAUUCUCUUUUCAUUGCAGUCCAUCUGUAAUACAGACUCAAAUUUUGCGAUGUAUUUUGUAAUGGGAAACAAUAUAAUGAAUCUUACAGUUUUAAUUGCACAUUAUUUAUUUAAAGUAACACAGCAUGAUUAAAGAUAUAAUGACAGGCAUCAGCUACUUUCCUUGUCAACUCGGAAACUAGUUUCCGAGAUGCAGUCUUUCCUACCUAAUCACAACCAAUUAAUACUACAUCGGCGAGUAUAGCCCAUCCACCAUCGUGAAUUCGCUGCGAUACGCGUGAAACUGUAAUCUUCGAAGAUCACUGGGAGAGAUCAGAUUCGAGUAUCCUCGCGUCUCCUAAUUAACACGUCGAAGAUCACCGUUGAAACGCACUAGCACACAUAUCAUACACUUUUUUUAUUAAAUUAUUCUCAUACUAUACAUUAUUAAUGAAUUUUAUUAUUUGCAUGUUUAUUUUUGCACCUAGAAGAUUGCGGCAUGCCUUUCGUACUCCAUAUUUGUCUCAUUACGAUACGAUACUCUUGGGCUUCAAACGUUACGUCAUGCCGAGUUGAUGUUGCAACCUCCGCUUAAUACACAUGCACGAUUUUAAGUGAUUCAUAUACGCGGAGGCACACUUUCUUUAGGUAAAAAUAUACUUAAAAGUACGCACAACUAUACUUUCCAAUGCGAUAUAAAUGUUUCAUAUUGUUUAACUGUAGGUCUUCCCUUGAGCCAUCCUACGAGUUAAAUACAUACAUUGUAAAACGUAAUCUCAUAGCAUUUUUUUUGUUUGCUUUAUUAAGACAUAUUUUCUCAAACUACCUGUUAGUAAAAUGGCCAUAUAAAAAAAUAUAUUGUGAAUAUUUCUAAUUAUUUAAUUUUUUAGAAAUUCCAUGAAACAUUUGCGCAAUAAACGAUUAAAGUUCAAUAAUUAGUUGAAUUGAGGAAUUAAGCUUUUAGGAAUAAAAUUCUUUAUUAUCGAUAGAUCUAUUGCAGAUCGUUUGAGAAAAGAUAUGCCCAUUUUCUAUUUAGUAAAUUCCAAACUGAUUCAUACAAGUUACUUGUUAACGCAAAUAUUCGGUCGGAAAGCUUCAAAAUUAUUAAUCUCUGUUAUACAAGUUUAAUGUAAAAACUGAAUUAUAAUUUAAUAAAUUAUUUUUUACUAUAAGGAAAGUUGAAAAAAUGAUUUUUAAUUUAAACAAGAACAUA